UAUGGACGACAGUUCCUGGUGACAGCAGCGUACCGGUUAAUUUUCUGUUGUAUCUCGUUGGCGUCAUUAUUUUAUAGCGGACAGAGUGCCAAUUACCAUAGAGAAGCAACCUAAGGUUUUGUCAUUAACUAAAAAAGGGCAAAUGUCACACUUGGUCAGGGAGUUUUACAUGAAGGACGAGAAAGGACUCCUUAAUUGGGUCACCUGUCAAUGGCCCUUCAGUGUCCCCAGCCUGACCUUAGCCUAGGGCUUUUCUACUGCUGAGUGGCACCUUUGAUGUGAACAACACGAGAUGGCGUCUUCCGCGGGAAUCCACAGUUUAUUAGCGAUACGGCUUAAGAAAGAAAUAACUGAAGAUCAGUUAGAGCUGAUAAAGCAUCGCUUUACCAGCAAAAUUGGAGCCGGAAGAAUAGAGAAUAUGGACACAUUAGAUCUUCUAAAUGAACUUAACAAUCGAAUGAUAAUAUCUAAAGGAAAAUACAACAAACUCAGGCAGGUUUUCAAAGAGGUUGGUCUUGAGAAAUUAAAUAGACACCUGGAUAAGGCAGAACAGAGGAUACAAAAUAUAAAAAGUGGCAAAGCCAAUGGCAAAAACGAGGUCAAGGAAGAUCUGUCCAGCUCCGAGUCUGAUGAGGGUGCAUGUGGGGGGUCAGAGGAACAGACUGAAGAAAGUUGGAGCGGUGAUGAAAUUCUCAGAGUUGCUCCAGAGGCAGGCAGGCCACAGCAAGUUGGUUCCAGUGGAGACCACGAUAUGGAGUAUCCCAUGACUUAUGAAAAUAGAGGCCUUGCCGUCAUUUUCAACAACUGCAACUUUGCGUCUCAUACAGGUAUGGCAGAGAGACGCGGCACGGACCAGGACGCAAAUGGGAUUGAGAACAGACUUCGUGCACUGGGAUUUGACGUGAAUCGCUUUGACAAUGUGACUUGUUCUAGGAUGUCGAUGACUAUGGCCGAAGUUGGACGCAGAAAUCACUCCCAAAAUGACUGUGUGGCUUUGGUAAUUUUGUCACAUGGUGAGGAGGGGAAAGUGUAUGGCACAGAUGGCAUUAUAGAGGUGGACCAGCUACUUGCCCCUCUCAAGGGUGACAGAUGCUUGACUUUAGCAGGGAAACCAAAGCUCAUUUUCAUUCAGGCUUGUCGAGGCACUAAACUUGACGGAGGUGUAGAGGUCGCUGAUGCAGAAAUGUGGGAAGACGAACCAGACGGUAGGACCCAUGUGCACAGAAUUCCUGCCGAGGCAGACUUCCUCAUUGCUUACUCUGUGGUGCCAGGCUUCUUUUCCUGGCGUAACUCGAUGAACGGAUCUUGGUUCAUGCAGGCACUCAUUCAGGUCCUGGGAGACUGCGGUCAACAGUUGGACAUCCUAAGCUUGAUGACCAUUGUUAACAAGAAGGUGGCAUACGAGUUUGAGUCCAAUGCAGCCUCCAAGGCAAUGAGCAAAAAGAAACAGGUCCUAUGCAUAACCUCCAUGUUAACCAAGCUGGUAUAUUUUAGGCCAAAACACUAAGAGAACCCAGGCCCUGGUAAAUGCCCAGGAUGGGAUAUUAACAGGACAGUAUUUCAACAUUUUUUAAUCAUUUUCAGGGUGCACAAUUGGCUUGGAAAAUUGGAAAGGUAUUUUGGAUUGGAAGAAAAAUCAGGAUUUCAACAUUAUUAUUAUUAUUAUUAUUAUACCUGUUAAACCUUGAAAAAAUUCCAGUUGGUGAAAGAUACUGAUGAUGACUCUUCUUUAAAAAUGUCAUGACAGUAUGAUGAACUUUUAAAGGAUAACCUUUUAAAAUGAUCUCAUAUGCUCUCAGAGAGUAUUUAAUAUUAAGCAAUCAGUGAAAAUGCAGGGUGGUCCCAUCAUAACAAUUAUAUGCAAGUACAGUGGAUAAGAUUUAGAACUCAUUUAUGGUCUUAAUAUUAUCAGUAAUCAUUUCCACAUUGUUCAUUUGUUGUGAUAAUCAAUGCAAUGAAAGAUAUUUGUCAAAUUUGAAGAGGCAAGACUGUUUCAGUCACAUUUAUAUGAGAAAGGCAAGUAAUAGAUCUGUUUAAGUUUUUGCCAUUCAGUAGAAAGAUUUACCCCACAGUGUAUUGAUUCUUUUAUUUUGUUGCUGUGCUUGGCAAGUAUACAGAAGUUGAAGAGGACAAUUUAACUAAAAUAUGCAGAGCACAGGGAUAAAGAAUGCUUGAGCAUGCUUCUUUUCACUUGUAAUACUGUUUUUGAUGGUAAAACGAAACUAUUUUAACAUUUAAAUAUUGUUUUUUGUUUUGAUGGAUGAGAAGGGGGUGCAUACUCACUGUGGACCCACCCCUGGGUUCCGCUAUUGCAAGGAAAAAGUAAAUUCAUUGUGACAAAGUACAGUAUUAUAUCACCAAAAAUAAUUGCACAGAGAGAAACAAACAACUUCCACCCAUACCCACACCCACAACUCAUUCCCAUACCCACAACUCCCACCCCUGUAGCAAAAUCUUGGAUGUGGCUUGUAAGGUUAUUCCAUAUGUACCACUUCGGUUAAGGUGCUCAAGGUGAAGGGGCGAUCCAACAUUUUAUACAUUUCAGAUCUGCUCUUGUCCUUAACUUGUUUAUAGUUUAUUUUUACAGUAACCAGGCUAAAAAAACAUUCCUUAAUUUCUUUGGUGUCACAAAAAAAAA